AUGGCCGACAAUGUCAACGAUCCCACCAAGUUGCGGAUUCCCCAGGGUGAUCCUGGCUUGCCAAUGCCGCAAGACGUGCCCACCAGCAGACCAAGGUCAUCUGCACGAGUCGCCGGCAGGAAUGCCAACAACGCCACCACGCAGCCCGAAGCCGGAGGCGCUGAGAAGCCCAAAACGAAGACCGCGUCGAGUAGACCCGUGGUCGACAGCACCGGGAAAAGUAGCUCGGACCCGAGCGGCAGCGGAGCCGCGCAGGCGGCUGGGCCCAGCGCUCCCGCAGCUCCGGCGCAGCUGACCACGCCCCCGGUUACUCAAGUCGCGACUUCGACCGCCCCGACCACCACCACGGCACCCAAAACGACCAAGCAAGUCGCCGCAAUUCCGGCCACGCAGGUCAUCAUAGACCAGAACGAGCUCAUCAUUGCGGGCGUGAGCCGUCUGCUGGGCGGCGGCACGUUCCCAGUCCCCACGCCCAUCAGUAACCCCCUGGCCAACACACCCACGACCACCGUUCCCCCGACCUUGGAAGCCACGGUUUCAGCUCUCGCGGCAGCGGCUCCGGCCGCAUGCAUCCCGCAGUUCGCAACUGAAGAGUUCGUGUUCGAGACGCCGGAGGCUCGUCUCGCCCAGGCCGCCCUGCAGGCGAACAUCGUCCCAGAGCCACGAGGCUGCCCGACGGGUUCCCCGAAGGUGGACCGCGCAAUCAAGGCCGGUCAGUACACGCCGUACACACAUGUCGUGGCCGAGAAUGCCUUCACCCACCGCAAAGAGACCACCCUCGCCUCGGUCCUCACAGCCUCAAGCGCACUCGACCCAACCGGAGAACUCUCCCUGGAUUGCGCGAAGUGGUCCGUCGCAUCAAAGGCAGUCGAGAGGUGCAUGGACACACACCACGGGGCUGCACGCGCCGAAGUGCUGAGAAAGCAUCACACCAUCGUGGAAGGCAUUGGCGCAGACCACAGCUGGGAGGCCGCACUCAGAUACGACUCGCAGAUGCGCCGCAUCUGGGUCAUGUCUCCGUACGUCGACAUCGGCAUCCACGACCCCGUACAACUCGCUAUCGCAUUGAACGCCAUGGCGGAGAAGAAGAUCGACGCGCGUUUCCAGGCGCUGCCCCAGCAAGGCCAGCGCGCUCAUGUCGGAGCAGGAGGAAGGGGCUACGGCGCAGGCUAUGGCGCAACCACCACCGGUACAGCGCGCGCGGCGCCCUACGACGACGCUCCGCGCAAAUGGGCCCGUGUCGAGAGCCGGUGCUUUCGGUGCGGCGGGACCGGGCACAUGCCAUCCGCCUGCGUCGCCGCCACCACUGUUACCGGACGGCCCACCGCUCCCCGCCUCCUUGGCGGCCGCAGCCCCCAUGCCCUCAUCGCACCCGACAACACCGCCUUCUGCUUCGGUUUCGCCCGUGGCGGCAACACCAGGUGUGCCCAGGGUGCCGCCUGCGUCAACUACCACGGAUGCAGCAUCUGUGGAGACACCAGACACGGCGCGGCUGCGUGCAACCCGAGCAGAGGUGAUUUCCCUGGUGCAUCCGUUGCGAUAGCCUAUCGGCAGCUACGGAUGCAUCUGGACAGAUCUGGCGAUCCGUGA